UGGUAGCUUAAUGGUAUUUUGUUAUUGGUAGUAUUUUUAUCAUUAUUAAUGAUUGUCACAUGGAUAUGGCAUAAAAAAUGAUGAUUUUUAAAAUUCAGAAAAUGAUUUCUCCAAUGCAUAGUUCCAUUUCUAUUUACUAAACGUGUAGGUCGUUUAAAAGAUUUAAAUUUAGAUAUUAAUCUUCUUUACUGAAUAAAUCAAUAAAAAAUAAAUUCAUAAAAAUAUUAAAUACUCUAUUAACCAUAUAUAUUUUAAACAUUUUUGCAUGUUUAUUUAUGCAAUUGGACAGUGAUAAAUUUUAAGCAUGUCUAAUAAAGAAACCAAUGAAAUUCGAGGAAUGGCCAAGUCUGGAAGAUUUUGGAAAACUCCAAAAACUAAGUUCUCUUCAAUUAAUAAAACUAAAGGGCUAAAACUUUCUUUUGAGCAAAAGCAAAAAUUACGACAGGAUAUAAAAAAAACUAGAGAACUAUCACGAGCACUUAUAAAUGAAAGAAAUGCUGAAAAUGAAGCUAGAAAAGAAAGAAGGCGAGAAAACAUUAAACGACGUGCACUGAAUCAAAAAAAAUCAGAAGUCGUUCAAGUAAUUAAAAACCCUGCAAAAAUAAAAAGAAUGAGGAAGAAAGCCAUGCGCCAAAUAGAAAAAAGGGAUACUUUAAAUAUGACCUAGUAGAUGUUACAGAUUGAAUAAAAUGUGAUUAAUCAGUUUUUUAUAUUUGUAAUAUAAAUGGAGAUCAAC